AAAGAAGAACUGCUGCUAAACUGUCUUUUGCUUUUACAUGGCUGAAGGAUCUCGAGAAUUUCCUUCUGUUGUUGACCGUUAUUUUACACGAUGGUACAAAGCAGAUGUGAAAGGAAAGCUGUGUGAAGACUACUGUAUACUGCAACAUUCAAACAGAAUAUGUGUUAUUACACUGGCUGAAUGUCAUCCAGUUCUACAGAGUGGGAAAACAAUUUCCAAUAUUAAUUAUCAAAUCAGUGCCAACUGCAGCAGAUUAAAGAAUAAAGUGUCAGGGAAAUCCAAACGGGGAGCUCAGUUCCUAACAGAACUUGCACCUUUAUGUAGAAUAACUUGCAGCGAUGGUGAUGAGUAUACUGUUUAUAGUUGUAUCAGAGGUCGGCUUCUAGAAGUUAAUGAAAAUAUUCUUCCUCAUCCUGAACUAUUAAAAGAAAAGCCAACAGGGGAAGGUUACAUUGCUGUUGUACUGCCAAAAUUUGAAGAGAGCAAGACUGUUACAGAAGGCCUCCUUUCCCAAAAGCAGUAUGAUGAGCUGUUGCUUAAAAGGACAUCAUUGCCUACAGACGUCUCUUCAGAAGUGUAAUGGGCUUGUGUCGUCUCUAAAGAUGUAGCUGGAA